AUGACGCUGGGCAUCCUUUCCUGGCUGAGCCGUCCGAACGGGCCAUUGCCAGGCGGAUACGAGGAGGCGCCGGCGCCGCUGCCCAAAGACCACCCCUUCGUGAAGGCGAUGCUCGAGGCGGCCAGCAAAGGAACAACUGCAGCUGCUGCUUCAAAGAAGAGGCGCCAGGAGGCGGCCGCGAGCGUGAAGCGGCAGAAGGUGGACGCUUACGAGCGCUUAGUUGCCCAGGAGGAAGCCAAGGAGAAGGGCGUCCCGGGGAAUGGUGCAGCAAAGAAGGAAGAGGCAAAGCCGGCAGCCAAACCGGAAGCCAAACCGGAAGCAAAGGAGGAGAAAGAGACGGAAGAAGCGAAGGAGGAAGAUGAUGAGGACAUGACGUUUCUGUGA